ACAGAAAUAGAGAGAGAAUCAUGUUUAAACUGUCGGAGCUGGUGCGCUGGCUGGGCUUAACGGAAUUCGAGAUUUUAGUUAAUCUGUGUGGGCUGCUUGUCUUCACCAUCUCACUAGCCUUCAAGAUCUCUGGUACAUUGAAUAAUGUCUUACCAGAGGUAAUGUGUGAUUGGUUCAGCAUAUUCAGUCCAUUAUUCUUUAUCGAUAUUUGCAAUGCUUAUUUUUGCGUUAUUGUUGGCAUACGCAUGUAUUUGGAUUCAGAUAACAAACGGAAGGCGUUGCAUCGGUUCAUGUGGAGCACAUAUUUCCUUGUACUUAUCGCGAUCUUUAAAUAUUUGUUAUGUCUAAAGCUAUCAGGCAAAACAGGCCUUGAGUACAGUGAAGUCUUCUCACCAAUUUUUGUGCUGCUCCAACUGGUAGCAGUACGCGCCUGCCAGUUGCCCAACUCUAUUUAAAAAGC